AUGAACGUUGCUGGAAGACAGAUAGAGCUGGAAAUCGAUACCGGAGCAACAGUUACGGUUAUCCCCACUAGUACAUAUCAGAAGUACUUGAAACAUAUAGAGUUGCGCCCAAGUACCACCAGAUUGCACGCGUACAGUGGACAGCCCUUGAAUGUGCAAGGAGAAGCGGAAGUUCCUGUAAGAUACAAGGAACAGCAAGUAAAUGUAAAGUUUUAUGUGGUAAAAGUGAACAACAAGCCCGCCAUCCUAGGAAGAGACUGGUUGAAACAUUUUAAACUAGAUUGGGAUUCAAUCUUCACUGUACAGAAAUUUCAGGCAAUAGACCCAGUGAAAACCUUUCCACAGUUGUUUGGCACUGGGGUAGGUACAUUGGUUGCAUAUCAGGCCAACAUCAUGUUGAAUACAGAUGCCAAACCAAAGUUUCAUCGACCCAGACCGAUUCCAUAUGCCUUGCAUAGGAAGGUCGAUGCUGAAAUCGAACGGAUGCGGAAGGAAGGGGAUGAAAAUUUUAGACGAUGUGGCGACUACAAGGUCACCAUCAACCCCUAUAUUGAUUUGGAUCAAUAUCCGAAGCCGAAUCCAGAUGACUUGUUUUCGACCUUAGCAGGAGGGAAGAAAUUUUCUCGUUUGGAUCUCAAACAAGCCUAUCAACAGAUGUUAGUAGACCCCAGAAGUCAGCAAUACCUAAACAUUAAUACGCACAAGGGCGUGUUUACGUACUCAAUGAUGCCAUUUGGCAUAAGCUCAGCACCCAGUAUAUGGCAACGAGCUAUAGAUAACGUUCUAUCAGGACUGGACGGAGUCAUCUGCUACCUAGAUGAUAUUCUAAUAGUGGGCAACAGUGAUGAACAGCAUAACCUCAGGUUAUUCACGGUCUUGGAAAGACUGAACCAAGCCGGAAUUAAGCUAAAAAUGGAAAAUGUGAAUUUGGCAAGUCUAAGGUAG